AUGCGCAGCAAAACGUUCUGGGUAAUCUUGAUUCCUCUCACGUCACAGGAUUUCAAAGGGAUGUCAGAGGACAACGCGCAGAGAUACGUGGGCCUGUGGCACAUUCUGAGCCCGCAGACGGAAAAACGGAGGCGGGGAGACGCGCAGAAGCAUAGGUGCCUGGCUCGUCUGGAAAGCGGUGCUGAACUCAAGGACCUGGGGCUUUUGGGGAAAAAGGGCCGCAGAGAUCUGCCGUGGGCAGCUUUGCUGUGCUCAGCGAAAGCGCCUGCAAGGCGGGAGGGACUUGAGCGGAGCCUGCCUCCCCCGGAGAGGCCUUUGGCCUGGGCAGGAGCUAGCUGCAGCCGCUCUCCCCGACCCUCCGCCGGGCGCCUGGCCAAGGGAAAGGUGCGGCCGGGCCUCCUGGCCCGCCUGCGGGUGGAGAGAGCCUGUCGCUGGGAGGCGGAAAGAAAGCUGCCUUCCAGGCCAUGGGGGUCAGGCACCCGAAAGGACAGCUUGGCCGGUAGUCGCUCUUCCAAAACCUUCAAACCAAAGAAGAAUAUUCCAGAGGGGUCUCACCAGUACGAGCUGCUAAAACAUGCCGAAGCCACGCUUGGAAGCGGUAAUCUCCGGAUGGCUGUUAUGCUUCCAGAGGGUGAAGACUUAAACGAAUGGGUUGCAGUUAACACUGUCGACUUCUUCAACCAGAUCAAUAUGCUGUAUGGAACCAUUACGGACUUCUGCACAGAGGAGAGCUGCCCUGUGAUGUCUGCUGGCCCAAAAUAUGAGUACCACUGGGCAGACGGGACAAACAUAAAGAAACCAAUUAAGUGCUCUGCACCAAAGUACAUUGAUUACCUGAUGACUUGGGUCCAGGAUCAGCUGGAUGAUGAAACGCUAUUUCCUUCUAAAAUAGGUGUACCGUUCCCAAAGAAUUUCAUGUCAGUGGCAAAGACAAUUUUAAAGCGUCUCUUCAGAGUUUAUGCUCACAUUUAUCACCAGCACUUUGAUCCAGUGAUCCAGCUACAGGAAGAGGCACACCUUAACACUUCUUUCAAGCACUUUAUAUUUUUUGUUCAGGAAUUCAACCUUAUUGAUAGAAGAGAACUUGCACCGCUUCAAGAACUGAUUGAAAAACUCACCUCUAAGGACAGAUAAAAGGAAGAGGAUUUCUUGAAGUCACUUGUUUCUUUAAGCAAGCGUGUGGUAUUUGUUUUUUGUUCGUUUGUUUUUUUUAAAAAACAAAAACCUGUGCUGUUACUAAUGACAGCCAAGAUCUACUUUCUGUGCUUUUAUUAGGGGAAAUCUUAUCUGUUAGUGACACGUGGCAAAUAGCUUUUUUUUUUUUUUUUCUGAUUGUUGUUACUCAUUGUGGAAUUUUAGCAGGUGCUGAGCAUUUAUAAAUGAAAUGUGCUUGGUUGGGGGAUUGACUCUGCUGGUGGAUGGGUUCUUGUAUUGUGUCAGUGGUUGCCCAUUCUCAUGAAGUCCCUAGAAGACUUGCUUACGUUUUCUAAGUGCCUUGGCAGACUCACUUCUGAGGUGCAAAGCACAUACAAUACUGAACAUUGCUGGAAACAGGAAAUAUGAACUAACACCCAGGACACUUACUGAUACUUGUUUUAGAAAUAUAUAUAUAUAUGCUUACACUAAAAAAA